GACACUCAGUGCUGGCAGGGGGCGGAGCCGGCGCGGGCUCACGAGUUUCAAUUAGAGAAGAAGGAAGCCCGGGCGGAAACGGUCUGAAGUCACACCUCAGAAGUUUAGCGAGAGAUGAUGGAUGUCUGAGGCGGUCUGGGAGCGAAGAUCAAAAGCCAUAGUUGCUCUAUAGUCGUUUGGACGUGGACGGUCAAGUAAAAAGCUGACACAGGAAACGGGUUUUUUUUUUUCGUUGCAGCCAUGUCCAAUCCCCUCAAACAAGUUUUUAACAAAGACAGAACAUUCCGCCCCAAGCGAAAGUUCGAGCCAGGCACUCAGCGAUUUGAGUUGCAUAAGAAAGCCCAAGCGUCUCUCAAUGCAGGUCUAGAUUUGAAGUUGGCUGUUCAACUACCACAUGGAGAAGAUUUAAACGACUGGGUGGCAGUUCAUGUUGUGGAUUUUUUCAACCGUAUCAAUCUUAUUUAUGGUACAGUCAGUGACAGCUGUACUGAGCAGUCUUGUCCUACUAUGUCUGGUGGUCCAAAAUAUGAAUAUAGAUGGCAAGAUGAAAACAAAUAUCGAAAACCUACAGCAUUGUCUGCUCCAGAGUACAUGAAUCUUUUGAUGGAUUGGAUAGAAGUUCAAAUAAACAAUGAAGGACUCUUUCCUACAAAUGUUGGUACUCCCUUUCCAAAGAAUUUUCUGCAGAUAGUGAAAAAAAUUCUGUCAAGACUUUUCCGGGUCUUUGUUCAUGUCUACAUUCAUCACUUUGACAGAAUCAUCCAGAUGGGUGCAGAGGCACAUGUGAAUACCUGCUACAAACACUUUUAUUAUUUUGUAAAAGAAUUUAAUCUGAUUGACACCAAGGAACUGGAGCCAUUGAAAGAAAUGACAUCGAAGAUGUGUCAUUAAGAUGUGAAUGACCUUUUCUCUCACCUGAUAUUGCCACUUAUGUUGCCUUUGGAGCCCGUCGAGAACCGCAGUUCUAUAUUUCUGCAAGGAGAGGGUCACACUGGAUAAGACUAUUGCCGUUUUAUUAAUAGAUGUCUAUAUAGGAUAUUUUUAAUCUAUUUUUUGAUGUGCACUCCUAGAUUUUAUUUUUUUAACUUUGUAUUUCAGAUUUUCCUUUUGAUGCUGAACUGUACUCACUUCCACCUGUGAUAUUUUAGGGUCUGCAUUGUGUGAAUUACAUCUCAGGUUUCUUUGUCACUUUUUUAUACAUUUUACUUCUUUUCUAGCAUGUUCACUGCCGUUCAUACCCAACAUGUAACUUUACAUGUGUUUUUUUUAAUUCAUGUAUUCACUAAUUUACAACUAUAAAGAGAGCAUUUUUGCAUUGCUUUGUUUACAAUAAAUUUUUUAAAAAGAAACCGGUAUUUCCGGCAAAACUUC